UGACGUAGUGAGAGGACAAAUUGAUUUACCGCGAGGUCAUCAAUUCUCUCCAAGCAGCCGGCUGCGGAAAAGCGGAGGCGCCAUCUUGAUACACUGAAACGUUGCUCCGCCACCAUGUACCCGACCUCUCUGACGCAGCUGGCAAGAGCCAACCCGUUCAGCGCCCCUCUGUUCAGCCUCCAGAAAGUGGAAGAACCCCAACAGAACCUCAAUGGUCAACGGCCUCGCAGACUGGCAGCAGCUGCAACAGCAGACGAGGGAGACAGUUGUGAGUUCGGCUCUCAGAAGUAUUUUAUCCUGUGUGGUUUUGGUGGGAUUCUGAGCUGUGGCACCACACACACAGCUGUUGUUCCCCUCGACCUGGUCAAAUGCAGAAUGCAGGUGAAUCCAGAUAAAUACAAGAGCAUCGGCAAUGGCUUUUCAGUGACUAUUCGGGAGGAUGGUGUGAGAGGUCUAGCGAAGGGCUGGGCCCCUACUUUCAUUGGCUACUCCAUGCAGGGACUGUGCAAGUUUGGCUUCUAUGAGGUGUUCAAGAUUUUCUACAGUGACAUGUUGGGGGAGGAAAAUGCCUACUUAUGGAGGACAUCGCUGUACCUGGCUGCUUCAGCUAGCGCAGAGUUCUUCGCUGACAUUGCUCUGGCUCCCAUGGAGGCUGUAAAGGUUCGAAUCCAGACUCAGCCUGGCUACGCUAACACCCUCAGACAGGGUGUCCCUAAGAUGUUUGCAGAGGAAGGACUUUGGGCGUUUUAUAAGGGUGUGGUACCCCUGUGGAUGAGGCAGAUCCCCUACACCAUGAUGAAGUUUGCCUGCUUCGAGCGUACUGUAGAGCUUCUUUACAAGUAUGUUGUUCCUAAGCCCCGCAGCGAGUGCAGCAAAUCUGAGCAACUCGUCGUCACCUUUGUGGCCGGCUACAUUGCUGGUGUGUUUUGUGCCAUUGUGUCACAUCCAGCUGACUCUGUGGUGUCUGUGCUGAACAAGGAGAAAGGCAGCACAGCUGCUCAGGUCCUCAAGAGGCUGGGACCUAAAGGUGUAUGGAAAGGUCUUGUUGCCCGUAUCAUCAUGAUUGGUACUCUGACUGCCCUGCAGUGGUUCAUUUAUGACUCUGUGAAGGUGUACUUCCGUCUGCCCCGCCCGCCGCCUCCAGAGAUGCCAGAGUCCCUGAAGAAGAAGCUUGGACUCACAGAGUGACACUCUUCUCCCUUCAUCGUCCCCUCACAGCCAUGCAGUCUUCAACUGAAAUUUCCACAACAGGCUGCACUUUGUCCUGUUCUUGGCUACGCAUUGAGCAGGGAGCCGCUCCUUUUCUCCCUGAGCAACCUGGAGAAGAAGUGAAGGCUGUUGCUUCUUGCUGAAUGUUUUGACAGUAAAUAUUCCUCUAUACCAACACCUGUAUGGUUUUAUCGAUCCCUGUCUUAGAGUAAAUAUGUGGGAGUUCUAAUAAAAUUUCCCUGGGAAAUGA